AUGGGGGACACUUUACAGUUAAAAGUCAUGACAAAAACUUAUGAGGACUCUUGUAGUUCAGACUCAGCCUAUGGGUUCAGUACUCCACUCUCUGUUUCAAGUACCGUAUCAUCAUCAUCAUCAUCAUCAUCAUCAUCAUCAUCAUCAUCAUCAUCAUCAUCAUCAUCAUCACAAACCAGUCCUGAAACAUGGGCUCGCAUGAAGAAUUAA